AUUGGCUCGCCCCAGGGGCACCAUGCUGUCUGUUCCUGCCUGCCUGCUAUUGCUUCUCUUUUUUUCUCUCUUUUGUUUCCACCCAUCCCUUACUUUUUUGUCGUUGUCGUACUCUGUCAGCCAGGCGUUUGUAGCAGCUCUGUUGCCGUCCAUGGCCAGCCGUCCCCCCGCCGCCUCUUGCUCCUACACGGUGGUCCUCAUCCCGUUCAGGAGCAACCUGGACGCACUUCGCUUCUACUUGUGGAUCAGGCAUCUCAAGGAUCUAGAAAAGGAAAAAGACAUCCUGUGCUGUGGUCUGGAGAUUCUGGACCAAGCCCGACUCUGGUACCACCAUCAACUAGAAAAGAACAAGGCCCAGCUGGCUGACGCCGACAGCAAGAGUCGGGUCAAUUCCCCUCGAGAAGGUGUCGCAAAGGUCCAUUCCUGUUGGCUGAGGUCACACAUGGAGCAGGUGAACGCAUCUCUGGCUUCUGUCAUGGCUGAGCCCUUUGGCACCAACAAUAAUGACGCUGCAGCAGAGAGCGCCCUCCGGUGGCAACACACCCUACUCACACAAAAAGUGAGUCACAAGAAUCGCCAAAUCUCCAUGUUAGAGAUGGAAAAAGAAGCGCUCAUUGAACAACUUUAUGAAGUUUAACCUGCCAUGUCACCUCGGUGUCACGGAUGGGAUGGAGCAGGGCGACCAAAUGCAGCUUGGACCAGGGUUUAUUGAAGGGAACUCAAAAGGCAAACAUGACUCAACAAACAAUAUCUUGACUGACUGGCCGGGAGGUGAAACAAGAAGACGACAACAACACAAUGAUCAAACCAGGAUUUAAAUACACGACAGGUAACAAGAGGCAAGUGGGAAUGAUCACACUAAUCAUGGGCACACAGGAGGGGAGGGCUAAUACAAUUAUUUUACUUUUCAAAUUUCAGACACGUAUUAAGUAGCAUCCUUGUUUGCAUUGGGCGCGUACGGGCUCUCUGCCUCGACACGCCGAGCCGGCUCGGUGGUCCCGUGCUGAUCUUAGUUGUGCUGAUAAAUUUUAUCUAAGACGGUCAUCAGGCGAGUCUACGGGAAUUUCGAGCCCCUCCUCUCACUCUUUUUUUUUUUGCACUUGGUCACUGAAUAACAGAAACUCCACUUGACGUUUUGACCCCGCUAUUUUGUCUCUUUUGAACCAAAAUGUGACGAGAGGACAGUUUCGAAGAAUCUAUUUUGUGAUGUCAUACUAAAUUGUAGAGGGAUAUAAAGGUCUAACCUCUCCGUCACGCCCUAGUGAGCACUUUUUGCUCACUUCCUGCAAGUAAGCAGAUUAAAAUCAACCCGUGUGCGUCCAAACGAAAAACAUCCAUUAUGGAGGUGGCUUUCAUUUAAGGAGCUUCAUGCUUUCUGCCUUCAAACUGCAACUGAACCAUCAAGGCCCGGGUACCAGCACUUGUCGAUUUACCAUCUCCACUUCACAUGCUGAGAAACUUUGUUUUGGACGUGUCACGCCUCACGGUUCAGCUCAAAUGCACCCCGUGCGGGUCUGAUCAAAUCCUCUAUGUCAAUAUCGGGUUUUAUUUUCCAGUUUUGUGGGUUUUGCGCAAAUCUUAAGUCGCUUCCGUGCAGGUCCGUAGCGGUGGGAAGAUCUGGGGGUCCUUGAUAAAUGACUUCCUGUCAUGCUUGUAAUAUACAGUGACCGGACUCUUCAUUAGGUACACCUGCUUGCCCAAUUCAAAUGAGUCCAAAUAUGUGAGUGCUGAAUUUUGAUAGAAAUGCGGUCCUUGUAGUUUUAAUGAUGCUAUCAGGUAAGUACAAAUACUGGCGCAUUAUCUUUGGAGUAAAAUUGGAUAACUACUUCUUUAAAGAAAAGUGUCCAAUGUUGUCACUGGCAUUUUUGUGAGCAGCUUCCAGUGACAUCCCAGCAACGUUAAGGUCUAAAAGUUCCUGCAGAUGUUUGAUAUAGUCGAUGGCGGCCCGCAGCGUCUCCACUUUACUUAGCCUCUUGUCGUCGAAUUCCUGCGGCAGGCGCUCCCGGAGGCGCGCGUAGCCCUCGUUGACGCAGCGCACCCGGUGGCGCUCCCUCUCGUUCCUCUUGUGAAUAAACGCCGGCUCCAGCGAAUGUUCACACCUGCUCACCGGACCGGGACACGAGUAAUAGUGCAGACCUCCGUAUGGGAACUUGGAGCGGGCACGCUCGAGGUACGCUGGCUCCAGGUGGAAGGAUGGAAGACCGAAGUGGUGGCGCGCACCCGUGAUGUCCACCGAGAAGCAGUGGAGCGCCAGUGGUGGAAUAUAUGGAAUAUGCUCCGUCGUCUCAUUACGACAAGACAUUUUCAUCCCUGAAAUAAAUGUAAUUAGUAUUUAUAAAAAUUGUAAGCAUGU